GACUGCCGAUCUUUUAGAUUGCAUUUUGAAUCUUUAACAGAGGCACAAUUCCAGCAGCUUGCUGGCGAACAACCCCACCGCUACGGGCCGUCAUCACAAGCACGUGGUAGGUUACACGUCCGAUCUGAUUGACGACGAUGACGUCACCCAUCGCAACAUGAGCGGCUGGCCCAGCCAUAACUUAAAAUCAUGGAGCUGUCUCUCUCUCGGUUGGGAAGCCUUCACAUGUCCGAGACUGACAAGUGAAAUCGCCAUGAGCCAUGUAUUCAGGCGAUUACAACGCCAGGUGACACAUGAGCCGCCACGUUGGAGCCCUCCCUCAUGCGGGGGAUUCCAACCCUCUAGCAUACAUGGCUCUUUCCCUCCGCGAACAGUCGCAUCCGUAGCAUCACGGCAUUAUUCGACGCGUUCAAGGUUCAACAAAGCCGAUCAGCGAUCUUUGGGCACGCGGGAGAUAGAAGGAACGUUUCAACAGCGCCAAUGGAAGCGCUCAGUACAUCUCCAACAGUCGGACAAGCAACGGAUUAACCAAGGCAGCCAGCAGUCCAAGUCCGUUACGAAUGGCAGAAUCCUAACCACCCCAACGCGGCUUCUGAAGCUCAUCCUUUGGCUGCCCAAUGAAAAUAGCAAAGACAGGGACACCACUUCCAAGAAGAAUGCCUCCGACCGAUCCACAUCGGUGAAUGAAGCAAACCAGCCAUUGGCACUCCUGGUGCACCCGCAGCAACCCCUUUCGUACAUCGAGCGUCUGGUCCAAGCCGAGAUCCCACCGAUCCUAAAAGACGGCAAAGAGAUCACACCUAGUGUACGAUUCCGAGCCGUCGGGGACAAUACCAACGCCAGUGGAAAGCCCGAGACGAGUGAUACCGAUGAGCAGGCCCUGUCACACCCCGACGACCUGUCACAUGUGGCCUCAUACUCGGGGCUCGGCCACGAGGGGCCCGAGCGCGAUAAAGCAGAUACGAACUGGGUCCGCUGGAGCAACAGCACCGAGAUAGGCGACUUCAUUCGUGAUGCGGCGAGGGGGACCGAGUUCGUCAUUGAAAUCGAGGGACACGAUGGCGAGAUGCGCGUCAGCGUCCCGUCGUUCAACGAUCGCACCUUUUACAUGCGCAGUCGUCUGAGGAAAAUGAGUAGGCAAAUCGAUGAGCUGUCUCAUAUCAAGCGGGAGUGCGACCUGCUGGCAUAUAGGGGUGCGAAUCGGCUGGCCAAAGGAGGGUUUGCGCUCUUGACUGGGUGGUGGUGCGUUGUGUACUAUGUCACGUUUCAUACCGAGUUUGGCUGGGACCUCGUCGAACCGGUAACUUACCUUGCGGGCCUGACCACGAUCAUGGGAGGAUAUCUCUGGUUUCUUUACAUUAGCAAAGACUUAAGCUACAAGGCAGCCAUGAACGUAACGGUCUCACGACGCCAGAAUGCUCUUUACGAAGCUCGAGGGUUUGAGCCCGAAAAAUGGGAACACCUGGUUCAGGAGGCGAACGCCUUGCGCCGCGAGAUCCGGGCCAUCGCUGUGGAGUACGAUGUGGACUGGGACGAGUCCAUGGAUGUCGGCGACGAGGUGAAGGAGGUGUUGGAUCAAGAAAGGAACACCAAAGACGGGACGCUGCCUGCCGAGAAGCAGAAGACCGAGCCAGGGGGUGCAGAACGCCGGAAGAAGGAUGAAGCGAGCGACGCGGACGAAUCAUGACAUAAUAUGCUUAGGGACCUGAAGCGGCCAUCAACGUGAUCUCCGACUAUACAAAAUAGAGUUCAAGUUGUGUGAUGCUGGCAUUGCUGGGUGGGUUGAUGUCGAUGAAAGUUUUACGUCUUGGAUGACUUGCAGCGCCUUGGAAUGAAACCAUGGCAACGACGGGGUCGCCUGACAUCUUGAAGAGAACCUGCAUCUUCACUGCACAUUGAGUGCCUCCGGU